AAUCAACCGGUUCAAUCUGCUGACCAAUCUUUACAAUUUAAUCAGCUUUAUCAAUCACAGAUGAAUUUUUGUCCAGAACCUUCUUAUUAUUUGAAACGCUUAACCUCAAUAAUUACAACUCCAAUGGAUGUUAAAAGACGAAGACCAAUUAUUAUUGAUGGCUUAAAUAUUGGUUACUCCCAUGGUCUCCAUAAGAAAUUUUCUGCAAGAGGCAUUCUUUUAUGUGCACAGUUUUUUAUGUAUCAAGGAUUUGAAUCCGUGGAAGUUAUGUUACCUGUUCAUUAUAGAGGAGCUCCUGGAACAGAAACUUAUACGGUUUUAAGUAUGYUAAUGAACAUUGGUAGAAUUCAUUUUACACCCAGUAGAAAAAUUCAAAACGUUCGUCUAACAUGCUACAGUGAUCGAAUUAUACUUGAUUAUGCCUAUAUAUGUGGUGGAGUUGUGGUAUCAAAUGAUAAUUUUCGAGAUAUUUACAACGAAAGUGAACAUUAUAAAGAAAUAAUUGAGAAUAGACACUUGAUGUAUAUGUUCAUUGGUGAUGAUAUCUUUUUUCCAAAGGAUCAGUAUGGUCACCUUCGUCCAAAUUUGUAUGCUUUUGAUAUUGUGCAUUUUCCAGCUUAAAUUUAAAUAUAUAGGUAUACUAUUAUACUAAGUAUAUACUUGCUAGUAAGUAGUAUUAUUUGA